AUGUCGGUGAAAAUCAAAGUGGGCGGUGUAGAGCUAGGUGCAAGGACUGUUGUACACAGAAAAUGGGCUCUUAUGCUUUGUUUCGCAAGUUUCUGUGCUGGAAUUUUGUUCACUAAUAGGAUGCGGCCGUCUGAAUAUAAAGAAAUUUCAAGGACUUACAGAGAGAUCGAACAAAGAAAUUUAAACACUGACGGAUGUAAUCUUAAUCUAAAGGUUGUAAAGCCUAGCUCCAAUUACAGUAAAGUUGAAGUUUCAAAUAUCCAGAAUGUUAUCAAGAAAUUGAGAAAAUCAGAGAUAGUCGAAUCAACUCCAAGGAAAAAAUGUUUCAUGGUUAUAGGGAUCAAUACAGCUUUUAGUAGCAGGAAGCGAAGAGAUUCUGUUCGAGAAACUUGGAUGCCACAAGCUGAGGAUAGAAAGAAGUUGGAGGAAGAAAAGGGCAUAGUCAUACGUUUUGUUAUCGGUCACAGUUCUACAUUUGGUGGAAUUCUUGACAAAGCUAUUGAAGCCGAGGAAAAGCUUCAUGCUGACUUUUUGAGGCUGAAUCAUGUCGAGGGAUACAUGGAAUUGUCAGCUAAGACGAAAACAUACUUUUCAACCGCUGUUGCUUUGUGGGAUGCAGAAUUUUAUGUCAAAGUUGAUGAUGAUGUUCAUGUGAAUUUAGCAACACUCGGGUCGACUCUGAGUAUGCACCGUUUGAAGCCUCGGGUGUAUGUUGGAUGCAUGAAAUCUGGUCCAGUCCUUGCUCAGAGGGGAGUGAAAUACCAUGAACCAGAAUACUGGAAGUUUGGUGAGGUUGGAAACAAGUACUUUCGUCAUGCUACUGGACAAUUAUAUGCCAUUUCACAAGAUUUGGCAACUUAUAUAUCGCUAAAUCAGGAUGUGCUGCAUAAAUAUGCGAAUGAAGAUGUUUCAUUGGGAUCAUGGUUCAUAGGUUUAGAUGUUGAACAUAUCGACGAUAGGGGAAUAUGUUGCGGUUCACCCCCUGAUUGUGAGUGGAAGGCUCAGGCAGGUAAUACGUGCGUUGCUACAUUUGAUUGGAAAUGCAGCGGGAUUUGCCGGUCUGUUACGAGGAUGAAGUAUGUUCACGAGCGUUGCGCAGAGGAUGAAAAUGCAUUGUGGAACACAACUUUUUGA